AUGCAUUACGAGACAAUCGAGCUGAUAAGCGCUCACAAAGACAAAGUUAAAGUUGAUCCGAACGUCAGUCAACAACAGUGGCCGAUGCUGAAUUCCUCACAUCUGUCAAGCUCACAAAUCGCUGAACUCCAGCAGACACCUCCUGGGACCGGAUUUGUUCAUACCUAUGACCCAGAUGUCAAUGCUACUUCUGUAUCAACACCGACAGGGGAACUGGUCACCUUGGUGCCGGCCAAUGGAACUCCACGACAAGUUCUCAACAAUCAGCACUCGUACUGGGGUUCAGUCACUCAAGCUACCGGAACAGAUAUUCCGGUGUCACACAUCACAGAUAGUGUUGGCACAUAUUACCCAACAACUCUGGUUCAUCCAGAUGCAUCAAACACAACCAGCUCCUUACUUUGCCCAAUGGGGAAUGAGAUGAUUCAACGUCCAGGACCUAUCCAAUUCCAGUCCAUGUCCAAUACUCACUCAGUAACGACCACAAUCUCAAACGCAUCCAGUGGAACGCCAAUCACCGCGGUGGCUAACAACACUCCGAAAACGCCUCGACAGCGAAAGAAAGAUCCCUAUAUACCAAGCUAUAUGGAUCCCGCCAACGGUCCGGAACCGUGUGUUGUAUGCGGUGAUAACGCGACUGGAUUCCACUAUCGGGCAAUGACAUGCGAAGGUUGCAAGGGCUUCUUUCGGCGUUCUGUUCAAAAGAAACUGGUCUACACGUGCAAAUUCAACGGUCGCUNCAGAAUCGGAACAGUUGUCAGAAGUGUCGAUUUGAUCGAUGCAUAA